GGAAACCCAGCCCACAGCCUGGCUUCCUGCUGCCUCCUUCUAAAACCUGCAGAUUCCCCCAGCCCUUGCAAGAGCCUGAAGCUUCCUCAGCCGCCGGCACAGUCAGGGUUUGCUGAAAAAUGAGGGCCUGGAUUUUCUUCCUGCUCUGCCUGGCAGGCAAAGCCCUGGCGGCACCGCAGGAGGCCCUGCCGGAUGAGACGGAGGUCAUUGAGGAUCCCACCACAGAGGUAGUGCUGGGAGAGGUGCUUGGGGCAGUCCCCGUGGGAGGUGAGGCCAGGGCUGGCUCUGACUGUGCUUCCCGUCCUCUCCUAGACCCCUGCCAGAACCACCACUGCAAGCACGGCAAGGUGUGCGAGGUGGACGACAACAACUCGCCCAUGUGCGUGUGCCAGGACCCCUCCAGCUGCCCAGCCAGCGCCGGCAUGUUCGAGAAGGUCUGCGGUACCGACAAUAAGACCUACGAUUCCUCCUGCCAUUUCUUUGCCACCAAGUGCACCUUGGAGGGAACCAAGAAGGGACACAAACUGCACCUGGACUACAUCGGGCCUUGCAAAUUCAUCCCUGCCUGCCUGGACACAGAGCUGACCGAGUUCCCCCUGCGCAUGCGGGACUGGCUCAAGAACGUGCUGAUCACCCUGUACGAGCGUGAUGAGGACAACAACCUCCUGACCGAGAAGCAGAAGCUCAAGGUGAAGAAGAUCCAUGAGAACGAGAAGCGCCUGGAAGCUGGUGACCACACUGUGGAGCUGCUGGCCCGGGACUUUGAGAAGAACUACAACAUGUACAUCUUCCCCGUGCACUGGCAGUUUGGCCAGCUGGACCAGCACCCCAUUGAUGGGUACCUGUCCCACACCGAGCUGGCCCCUCUGCGUGCCCCCCUCAUCCCCAUGGAGCACUGCACCACCCGCUUCUUCGAGGCCUGCGACCUGGACAAUGACAAGUACAUCGCCCUGGAGGAGUGGGCCAGCUGCUUCGGCAUCAAGGAGCAGGACAUAGACAAGGAUCUCGUGAUCUAAAGCCCCAGCUUCCCUCUCUGCUGCCAACUUUGUCUUGUUUUAACUUUCCCAUUUCCUAUGGUUUUUAAACCUCUUUUGUUUCGUUUUGUUUUUCCCUGGGAACAAGGUGCUAAUAUAGAUCUAAACAUAUAUAGUAACGGUGCUAAGAGAAAUAACAAUCUUCCUUCAUAGCCUAAUCUAUUACCACUAGAUUACUCACAUGGCUAUUUCCACAUGCUUUUAUUGGCCCUCCCUCUCCAGUGUCUUUACAAUUGACUGACCCUGUUCCUAUCCUAAAUAUCCGCCCUAUCUCCGUAUCCACUCUUGGAUAGACUUCUGCUUAGUUCCUACUAACAGCACGUUCUUCAGAUACUUCAGAGUAGGCGCAAAGACAUCGCAGCUGAUUUACCACCGAGUUACAGAGCGCAAGCGAGGGAAGGCAGGCCCUGAGGAUGUUGG